UAUGAUGCUGAUCAGUUUUCAAUUUUCAUAUUAACGACGUUUGCUCACUUUAAAAGCUGGUUUACAAAUUGUACUGUACAAAUAUGGCCACCACUAAAGGUAGAGCAUUGAUUAUUUUAGCCGAAGGUGCGGAAGAAAUGGAGGCAGUGAUAACUGCAGACGUCUUACGUCGGGGUAAGGUUGAAACAGUGAUUGCUGGACUUUCUGGUGCCGACCCUGUGCAGUGUAGUAGACAAGUGGUUGUUAAACCAGACAUGAGCUUGGAGGAGGCUUGUAAGAAGGAACCAUUUGAUGCAGUGAUCUUGCCAGGAGGGGGAGGUGGCUCAAAGAAAUUAUCUCAGUCUGCAGAAGUGAAAAAGGUGUUAAAAGAACAGGAACAAAGAGAUGGUAUAAUUGCUGCUAUUUGUGCAGGUCCUACAGCACUCGUUGCCCAUGGCAUAGGCGUGGGCAAGACUGUGACGUCGUACCCCUCUGUGAAAGAAAAAUUCAAAGACUACAAAUACUCAGAAGAGAGGGUGGUGAAAGAUGGCAAGUUGAUCACAAGCCGUGGGCCUGGUACGGCGUUCCAGUUUGGUAUAGAGAUCGUACGUGCUGUGAGAGGCAAUGACGGCGUGGCUGAUGGACUGGCUGGCCCAAUGUUACUGGAGUGAAGUUAAGUAAAUCCUGUGGCUUUUACCACCUGGUAUUAAUUUGUGUGAGAACAUGUAGAAUUUUGAGAACUGGUGUUGAUAUCACAAGUAGAUGAGAAAUGUAUGUGUAAUAUGAAGUAUGAAUAAGUAUGAUUAGAAAGAUUGCUGGCUCGUGAGACGAGACUGUACAAAAAAGUGAAAUUUUCUUCAAAGCAUUUAUUGGUUGAUAUACUACAUACUUUUAAACCUAUAUUCAAUAUCUCUGCUAAAAUGAUAAAUUAAGCCAUGAUAAUAUGCUAAGCAAGAAGCUAACUCUGUUCUGAAUCAUCAGCGUUAGUCUUUCCAAUUUGUUCCAGCUUCAUAAAGUUCCUAGCGGUAGUUACAAUAAAAGAAAC